AUGCCUGUUACUGACUACAAUCUUGAGUAUCGAAAUAGUACCUCUAUAGACGAUAUGUCUUUGGGAGCUGUAUUAAGAAAACAGAUUAUCAACCUCAAGCCAUACACAGCCUACAGUGUUAGGUUGAUAGCCACAAGUGGCUUAGGAAAGGGUCUGUGGAGUAAUUUCCAGAAUUUCACAACCAAAACUGCCAGUAAGUGAUGAUGCAAAUUAGAUGCAGUGCUAAUAGAGGAUAUUACAUGGCCGCGCAAGGAUACGAAAUUUCUGUUCACGUGUUGAAAAAUAUUUCACGAGUGAGCGUAGCGGACGAGUGAAACAUUUUUUCAACACGAGAGGAGAAAUUUUGUAUCUCCAAGAGGCCAUGUAAUGUUCUGUUUAUUAUAUAAACACCAAUAAAAUACCAAACCAUUUCACUUUAACAGUUUUUUGGUGUGAAAGGCGCGAUUUAUUAUGUAGCCAUAGCAAAGGUGAUAUUUUCACAUGUGAAGAUAGCAAGUUUUCGCGCGCAAGCUCACCUGGUAUCUCAUUUGUGUUUAUAUAAUAAAGAAUGAUAAUGUAUAUAAUACGUUAUUUUUCCAAAAUAUUGAUCACUAUAUCGUUGUAGAGGUCCCACUCAGUUAAGAAAUAUUGCCUACUGCUCGACAUAUAAUCGAUAUUUACAGAUUUUUAUUUUCACUGAAAUCUGAAGAACUGUGACAGAUGAUCAUGAAGGUGUGUAAGCAAACUGAUUCAUUGAUUUUUCAUGUAAUGAUUACAGGCGUCCGGUCAUAGGGCAGAGCUAUUCUGAUUGAGUAUUAAUCAAUCUAAACUUUACUUGUUACUUUCCCUUUUUAGAGCCUGAAGUCGAUGUCCAGAUCGUGAGUGUAACAAGUCCUACUUCGCGGUCAAUUCUUGUGAAAUGGCAGGUAAACAUCAGAUUUAUUUUUACAAAACCUAUUUCCAUGCUUCUCCAAAGACUAUCACCCAGUCGCUAUUGAGGUGUGCGGAUCUUUCCCUCGCCUUCCCCCCCCCCCCCCUUCGACGCCUCAAUCAUCUCUGACCCCAAAACUCAUAAAUGGCGACUGCAUGUGUACGACUCCGAUUUCCUCAUUGUAGACAGAAACACCUGUGUAACCACUGCAUCUACUGUGUAAACACUGCCAUCGUUGUUUAUUCAAUAUGUUCACGACUUUGUGUAAGCAAAGGAGGUUAAAGUGAAGGCUUGAGAUAAUUGUCUGCAUCCAUCCCGCAAAUGUAUCAUUUUCAGAUCUUAAAGUUUAAUGGCGUUCACUGUGAAAAGGUUUGAAAAUAAACAUAAAUAAUGAGGAGAAGACUGGUUAUUUAAGCCGCGAACAUCAGUGGAAAGACAAAAAUAACUCUGCGGCUGUUUAUGAAGUGAGGUCCUUGACAGUUCACAAUCCUUGAUUGCGUUUUGUUCUCGUGAAUUAUGAAUGAACGAACUAAUCCCGAUUUGAUAGAAAUGAUAUUGAAUUAUGCACCGUCAAGCCCUCAAAAAGCUAACAAAAACAUACAUAUAUAAAAAAAACUUUGACAGGCUUGAUUGACUAUGGUAUAAAGUAUAUAAAGUAUGUUUGCAAUAGCUGUGGAUUCACAAGUAUGUCAAAAAGAACGAAGAAGGACCAAUACAAAAAAACAAUAACAGCAACAAUUGCACGGAGGAGGGUUUCCUUGCUGGAUAUUUACCAUAAUCUGCGGCGGUCUCCAAAUUCUGGUCUCGUAGUUAUGACAGUUGUAGUGACUUGCAAGCAAAUGUUAGAAGAUAACCACGGGCAUGUCCGUAUGAGCAUGCAAGGUUUAACUAGGGGGAAGAGAAAUUAUUUAACGAUGUAUUAUUUGAACACUAAUUCAGUCAUGUUCAUAUCCAAGAUACCAAGCACCAACAAUUUAAACGGACCCCUUAGAGGGUACAGCAUUGAAUACAAGGAAGAAGGGAAACCUUCAUGGACAACAGUCAAUGUCAGUGACUCAUCAACCGAUAAGACCUUACAGAACCUGAAGACAUGGACAGUAUAUUUCAUUAGAAUCGCAGUCAGUAAUGGCGACUUUCUUGGUCCACCGGGUCCUGAGAAGUAA